AUGGUCCUUCUAGGACUCGGUCUCCUGAUCGCCUCAGUUUCGUUUUUAUGUUACAAACAUGCGCCAGCGGGAUGGUGGACGUUUCUCGAGCGACUAACUUUACGAGCGGGGAAUAGUAUUCAGAAUGGAGAUAGCAAUCGAGAUAGCGAUGCAGAUGGGAAAGGGAACGAAGGAAAAAGAGAAGAUUCGACACGAAGAAUUAUAGGAGUAGAAGAACGGGAAAAGGCAGAGGCAGAUAGAGGAGAGAAAUCUUCGACUUCGCCAUCAUCAUCAUCAUCAUCAUCAUCAAACUACAAAAUAAAUGCGCCCACACAAAAAUCUACAACCACACCAACAACCAAUGCGCCAGCCUUCCAAAUCUCCGAACCUUCUCAAUUCCCAUCAAUACAACCACCCUCCCCUCCCCCCAACAAAGCAGCUCUCGACCGCGCCGCCAUGCCCCCACCACCGCCUCUCUUCAAAAAACCCUCAUCCACCCCAAAACCCAAACCCCAAACCCCCACAUCACCAACUACACCCCGCGCGCACGCUUCGCAACCUUCUCCAACCCCUCAGAUCCCCAUCUUUUCCCUCGACGCUACCAAUUCCACAUCAUCACCCUCCGAUCUCGAAUCCGAAUCCGAACCCGAAAUCCCCUCUUUCCCCGCUGCAAACUCCGCACAGCGCGCUUCGAAUACCGGGUCUCGAGCUCCUCCCCGAUUAAAUCCUCUCCCCGCCUUUAAAUCCACAUCCACACCCACACCAUCAACUCUCAGCGCCCCCGCCCGCGGGCCCCUCCCUAAUCGCUCACCCCUCCCAAACCGCAAUCCCUCCUCUUCACUCGCCGCCCCCUCCCUCGCCCCCCCACCAACCCACACCUCCAUCCCCUCCAAACCGCGCAAAAAGGUUCUCCUCACCCCCAACCACUCUCCCCUCGACUGGGCGCGACUCACCUCCUCCCCCACCUCCAAUCUCCGCAAUCUCCCCCCUUCCACCCCUCUCCUGCGCGUGCCCCCUUCCCUUCUUAAACAAUUCACAGGCAGGAAAGGGAAGGAUGCGUGGACGGUGCUGGGGGGUAAGGUAUACAAUAUUACUCCCUAUCUCCCGUAUCAUCCCGGGGGCGAACCAGAGUUGCUGAAGUGUGCGGGACGCGAUGGCACGAGAUUGUUUGGCGAGGUGCAUCCGUGGGUUAAUUGGGAGGGCAUGUUGGAGGCGUGUUUGGUGGGGAUUAGUGUUGGGGAGGAGGAGUUUGAGGGGGUGGGUGGGUUGGAAGAUAUGGAUUAG